AUGGGAAAAGAAGACGUGUCGGCAAAAAAGCGCCGUAAAAUCAACACAAGUUCGUCGAGUGAUACUUCUAAGCAAGUGCCAGUUGAUAUUUAUAAGCGGGUGGUAGAGUUUGAAGAAUCAGAAGCCCAACUACGUCCUGCUGAAAAAGACGCCACGCUAUUUAAGAAGAUUUGUCAAGAUAUAAGAUAUUUGUUUGCUGAAAUAUCAGAAUUGAAAGCUAAAGACACAGAUGAGGCUAGAGAAAAAAUUAAUGCCAAGAGAAUUGAAGCUUCUUUGAACUUGGUUGCAUUGAAGAAGUUGAACCGUUUGGAGAAAGUUCGAACAAGGGCAGGUCGUGAUGCUCUACACAAGGAAAAACAGAGGGUGGACUCCACGCACUUGCUCUUGCAAAAUUUAUUGUAUGAAGCUGAUCAUCUCAACAAAGAAGUCACCAAGUGCUUGCAAUUUAAAUCUAAAGAUGAAGAAAUAGAACUUGUUUCUCUUGAAGACUUUUUUGCAAAUGCACCUCCGGAUAUAUCUCGACCAGAUCUGACUAAAACUGAUGAGCACCAGCUUCAACUUGCUAGAUUGGAAUGGGAACUCCGCCAGCGCCGCGAAUUAUCUGCAGCCUGUAAUGAAUUGAUCUCGUCUAAGGAGAGAGUUGCUGCAGCUAUAGCAGCUGCACGCUCCAGACUUGAUGCUUUGGUACCUCAUUUGAGAGAUGUACUGAAAUCUACUAAGCCACUACAAGAAUGUUUAGCUCUUAGACUGGAUGAUAAAAGGGAUGAAGCUAGAGCUGCUUCCUUACUGCCAUCUCCUCUGUUCCUUUUAUUUGCAAAUACCAGCGCUUACUCUGAUGCACUGGGCUCCAAUUCAGUAGCAGUUAGCAUUUCUGGAGAUGAGGAUGAAGCAAGAAGGCUUGAACAACUGAGUAAUGUUGAUAGUGAUCUUGUAGCAUCUAAUGAUUCUGACUCGGAUCAAGAAAACAAUGAAGAUGAUCAAAGAGAGAAAAAGAAGCGCCACCAUAGAAAUGCCAAGAUAUCCAAAGAAGAGAAAGCUGAAGCUAAAAAGAAGGAGGUUCUGAAAAAACAUCCUCUGAAUGUGCAAGUGUCUGUCAAAGUUCAAGAUGGAACUGCUUUAAAUUUAAUCUUCUCAUACCUGCUGCACUUAAAAAUAGUUGUUGUCAAGUUUACUGUUUCUUUGCCAAAACCUAUAACAGGUGUAUCGGCAGCUGAUGUUUUGAAUGGUCAUUGCAUAUUGAAUGAGUUGUAUCCAGGAGACACAGGCUGUGACUCUCCUCACCCUGCCACAUCCUAUUUGUUGAAUGCUGCUGGCAUCAGUGAAGACUUCCAGUAUUUUAUCUCAGAACUUGGAAAGCCUUAUAUUUGGGCUCAACGGAUGUGUGGUUUAGAUUUCAUGGCUACUAUAACUGAAGAUCAAAAAAUUAAUAAAAAUAAUAAUCUUUGUCCAAGUCUCAGUGUUAGUACAGUAGAAAAUUUCAUUCUGACGCUAAAAAAACGAUUGAAAUCGAGAGUUGAGUUGAUGAAAGAAUUGCAGGAUUUAGAAUCUGGAAAAAUUUUAUCAGUGAAAGGAGAUUUUCUGUGUCCAGUAAGGUUAUCCGGCUCAUUGACACAAUGGCAGUCUGUUGGUUGGCCUGAGUAUAGUCAGUCACCUUCAACAUCAUUUUUAAUUGCUGAGGGACUAGUUAAUCCAAAUGAUAUGUUGUACAGAGCUAUAAUAACUCGUCAAUCUGCAAAGUUAGUGGCAUUGGUAGCCCUGCGUAGUGACUAUCCUCGGAAGGCACCGAUGUUUUCCCUUACCCUACACUGGAAUGGAACACAUCAUGCUGGCAUAAAUGAUGAUAUUAGAGAUAUUGAAAGAUUUAUCAACACAGAUUUGGGUUCAGAAGAUAAAAAUCAGUAUACACUUUCUAUACAAAUAACUAAAUUACUGACAUGUCUAGAUAUACUACUCGAGACUACAGGCUCUUCAGAAUUUCCACCCGAUAAAGUAAUGUUUUGUCCAGUGCGAGGACGUAAUAGACUGAAGCCCUACAAAUUUCUCAAACAGGGUAAUGGAGUUUUCGUGCAGUAUUGA